CCUUACGUGAGACUGUAUCGAACAUGGCCGCCGCGAGCGCGAUGCUGUUAAAGGUGCGCGAAAAAUGAUACGUUUUCCGUCGUCCUGACGGCGGGAUCCUUUUUAAACGAGUGCACGGUGACAGUGAUCGUUAUCCUCGAAAUUAGGAGCGGACGGAGGAGGAUUAUCAUGGCGUUGGUCACAGUGCAGCGUUCACCAAGCGUGUCGAGUUCUCCCCAGAGUUCGUAUGUGAUAAAAGAAUAGUUCAGUGGCAAACUAGUGAGAAAGUAAAUAAGAGGAAGGAAGAGGAUGAUACUUUUAAAGCAAAAGAAUGCGAUCCAUUAUGGUCUACCGCCAGCACCGGCACCCAAGCCACCGUCACCUUGGUCCAGCAUACUCUGGGGCGACGAACGUCGACCUCGAGGAGGAAAAACGGCACGAGGCGCGCGCGUCAUGCAGCUGCGAGACAAGGUCACCGCAAAAGAUUCGGGAGCAGGAGCCCCGGCCGACGAUGAUGACGGUGCGAGAAGUUGCAAAAGCCUGAGCGAAUGUUACUUCGCAGGGAAAGGUGCAGCCCUAGUUUUACCACCAAACGAAAGGGCCCGACCCUCGAGGAGAGUAUCCGCUGCAGGAUGCGAUAUUCAGCAACAUUUACAGUCCAUGUUUUAUCUUUUGAGACCGGAAGAAACCUUGAAGAUGGCGGUGAAAUUGGAGUCGGUGCAUCCAGGAAGGACGAGAUAUCUCGUUGUGGUGUCCUGUACGGGCAGACAGGAUGCAGAAGAAAGUUGCCUGUUAGGUAUCGAUUGUCACGAAAGGGCAACAGUUGGUCUUGUCCUUCGAGUCCUAGCCGAUACUGCCAUUACUCUCGACGGCGAUGGGGGCUUCAGUGUCAGCGUUUGCGGUCGACAGCACAUCUUCAAGCCUGUCUCUGUUCAAGCCAUGUGGUCAGCUUUGCAAACGUUACACAAGGUAUCGAGCAAGGCUCGCGAACAAAACUAUUUCCUGGGUGGAUUAUCUCAUGAUUGGGUCAGUUACUAUGAACAACGAAUCGAAAGUGAUCGAUCGUGCCUCAACGAAUGGCAUGCAAUGGAUAAUUUGGAAUCCCGACGACCACCCUCUCCAGAUAGUGUACGCAACAAACCGAGUGAAAGAGAUGAGACAGAACGAGUAAUUCGAUCAACGUUAAAAGAAAUCAUGAUGUCUGUUGACCUAGACGAAGUUACUUCAAAAUACAUCCGAGGAAGAUUGGAGGAAGAUCUUGAUAUGGAUUUAGGUGAAUUUAAACCAUUCAUCGAUCAAGAAAUGCUUACAAUAUUGGGACAAAUGGAUGCACCUACUGAAAUAUUUGAUCACGUUUAUCUUGGUAGCGAAUGGAAUGCUAGUAACUUGGAGGAAUUACAAAAGAAUGGAGUGAGACACAUAUUAAACGUGACACGUGAGAUAGAUAAUUUCUUUCCGGGAAUGUUCACUUAUCUGAACGUUCGUGUCUAUGACGAUGAAAAAACGGAUUUGUUGAAACAUUGGGAUGACACGUUCAAAUAUAUAACUAAAGCAAAGAAAGAAGGUUCUAAGGUAUUGGUGCAUUGCAAGAUGGGUGUUUCAAGAUCAGCAUCGGUUGUGAUAGCGUACGCUAUGAAGGCCUACAAUUGGGAUUUUUCUCAGGCGUGGAAACACGUCAAAGAAAAACGUAAUUGUAUCAAACCUAACAAUAGUUUUCUUUUACAAUUGGAAACGUAUCAGGGUAUUUUAGACGCCAUGAAGAACAAAGAAAAAUUACAAAGAUCUAAAUCCGAUACUAAUUUAAAAUCUCCUUCAUCGGUGAAAGAUCAAUCGAAGAAGGAAGAAAAAAUUGAUAAUAGAAAUAACGGUUUGCAAGAGAUAUCUGGUUUAGAAUUGAAGAAGAGUAAUCAAAGACCCAAAAGUUGGUCCCCUAACGUGGAACUAACGGAAAAUAUGCUUCCAUCUGCACCACUGUCGCAAUCCUUGGAAAGUAUAGACAAAGUAGGUAGCACGGAGGUUACGAGGGAAGACCUUUUACGUGGUUCCAAUCAAAAAUCAACGAUGGAUCAAGAAGCACGUAACGUUUUGAUGCCUUGUGAUAAUGGUCAAUCCUAUAGCGUGUCGCAGAAUCAGAUAUUUCAUCUUCCUGGUCCUGACACACCUUGCACGAAACACAAAACCUUUAACAAAUCGGAAACGCAAGGACAAAGACGAAAAGGUUUGGUUUUAAAUUUGACGAAUCAAUUUGAAGCCGCUAGCAGCAAACCCUCAUCACCUGGUUCGGAUUCAGAGGGUAGUAAACCAUUGCCCCAAAGUCCAGAUGAGAUCGAGGAAGAAAAAAAACCUUUGGAAAAUGGUCUUGAUCGAUCACAAGGUACAACAUCGGACGCUUUGACGGUCGAACAAGUUGUCUGGGAUCCAGGUGAAAAAAGACGUAGAAAGAAAGAAGAAGAAUUGAAUGGAGAGAAUAUAAAUGACAGUGAAUGUCUAGUCUGGACUGCAGCAAACGAUACAACAACAGCAACGUGCCCUGAGUCGUGUAAUAGCCUUCUACUCAAGGCUAACGGAGAAAUAGUGAGUAACAGUGAGAAUAACGAAUGUGUCGCGUGUGGACCAACGAAUACACCACCUAUGAUAGUAACAACUAGUAUGACGACUAUGACGACUAUGACGAUGACAAUGACGACGACAAUGACGACGGCGGCAACUGCAACUGCAACGACAACUGCGACGACGACAACGACAAUGACGACGAGUAAUAAUUUCGGUAGGAAAGUGAAAAGGGAUGGUGAUCCGUUCAGUGCACAAUUAGACAGGGUGUUCGAUCGGGAGGAAAGACGUGGCGAACCUAAUACGACGAGGGAUUCGCCUAGUAGACAAAGUUCUUGGAGUAGUUACGAUAGCGCGGUUGUUCUCGACAACAAUUCGGUGCACAGCUCGUGGGCAACUCUACCUUCGAGAAACAGUUCCUGGGGAUCAUACGAUAUGAGACCCACCGAUCUCUUAGGAUCAAGCGGUCUAUUUCCUUACGACAAGGAGGAAAUACCUUGGCAUCCUGGUACGGUCAAACGUACCAAACAAAAACUCGAAGAAGGUGUCAGCACUGCCGGCGUUAAACGCGUAUGUACACAAAAUUCUGAUGCCGAUGAUAAAGACAACAGAUUGACGGCAGAAUCGGACGAGGUUCCUGUCGAAGGUUACAAUUCUCUUUUACUUCAUCAUCAUCAUAAUUCAUCGCCAACACCGCGAAGGAGGGAUUCAUCGCCUAGCCAAGAAACGACUAAUCUCAAAGUAGAAACAGCGAGAAAUUCGCCUAGUCCUUUAGGUGGUAUUGAUAUUUCAUCGGUUUCUAUAAGACAAGUCGGAAGAUUGUCAACCAGCGCACCAGCACCUUCCUCAUUAUCUUCCGAUACAGAUUUACCUUCCUCUUUGAGAUCGUGCAGAUCCGAAAGCGAAACGUCCAGUCCCUGCGUCGUUAAUACAACCCAAUGUCCAUCGGUGAAACAUCAUAAAAUGGUCCUCGAAAAUCUUAGCAACAAAUCUAUGUUUAGCAAACGGUGUUUAUCCGUGGACGAUUCACCGGAGUCCGAAUGUCCAAGGAGUACGUCUGGUAUAGUGAAGAAUCUCAAAAAGGAAUUCGAAGCAAAAUCAACCAAAUUAGAGAAAAACUUUUCCGAUAGUGCUUGUGAUAAUCAUGAGGGCACGUCGUCGAUUUUAACACGACCAAAAAGGGACGUUAAGAUUCGUAGUUUACCGUCAUCACCGGUAAUACCUCACAACGAAUCGAAGAUCCAAGCAUCGUCUAGCGUCGGUGAAACUAAAGACAAAGAGGUUAUUAAAGGAAACGACGAUUCUAACGUCGUUCAGAACGCUACGGAAGAUCUUUCGGUUAGGGUAUUAGUAGGUAAAUACGAAGUGGCCAAACCAACAUCGACGGACUCUAAAAGAUCAUCUGACGUACAGUUACGUGGUCACAAGGAUAAAGAGUGGGACUCUAUGGAGGUUCAUCCACCUGCUAAAUCGAAAAUUGCGCCAGAAUUUGCCAGAAGAUCGGCACCGAUUAUGAUCAAUAAUAAUCAUUCUAAUGCGCUUUUCGGUGAAACGACGACAACAAACGAAACACCCGGUAGACCACCUGUUCCUUCACCAAGUAUCGUUGUCGCUAGCGUCGUAGCUAAGGCAGCUAGUAAAAAACAACAGCAGCACGGCAGAACUCAUCCGCUUGCCAGGCUGCAGGUCAGGCCUAGGCACAACAGUCCAGUUUACAAUACCAUGUAAAGAAAAAAAAACAAAACAAGAAGAGAUAAAAA